ACAAAAACAGUAAACGAGGAAAAGAUUGCACACUUCCAUACACAUCGAUGAACUUCUGUUCAUUCAGCAACUUUUCAGCUAUUGAAAUGUUACAAUAUUGUGUACAUUUUAAUAUUGUAUUUGAUGGGUUUCUGUGAGGAUACUGAGCGUGGCAGCUGAUUUUUUCAUUACAAAUAAAAAUUAACAUGAUGACAACGAUGGCAAAUCCAUGCAAUAUAUCUGCGGACCUGGAAAAGUUCAUUGUGAAAGAGGCUCCUCCAACUGUAUAUUACAUUCCAAAUUACAUAACUGAGACUGAGGAGGAGCAUCUACUGCAACAGGUAUACAGAGCUCCCAAACCCAAGUGGACACAGUUAUCAGGGAGGAGGCUACAGAAAUGGGGUGGGCUGCCAAAUCCCAAAGGAAUGCUUGCUGAGAAACUCCCUGAAUGGCUGCUAAAGUACACUGAGAAAAUAUCUUCUCUUGGGGCAUUUGCUGGAAAGACAGCUAAUCAUGUGCUGGUCAAUGAAUACAAGCCUGGGGAGGGAAUUAUGCCUCAUGAAGAUGGACCACUAUAUCACCCCACUGUAACAACUAUCAGUCUGGGCUCUCACACAGUUCUGGACUUCUACAAGCCUGUUUGUCUGACACAGCUUGAAAUUCCUCAAACAGAAGAGAGCCGCUAUAUGUUAUCGCUGUUGGUGCAGCGACGAAGUCUACUAAUUCUGCAGGAUGACAUGUAUAAAUGCUACCUCCAUGGUAUCCAAGGAGUUUGUGAGGAUACACUGUCAGACCAUGUGGUAAAUCUGUCCUCAACGGGGGGCCAGGUGGGUGACGCAUUGCCCCGUGGCACCAGAAUCUCCCUUACCAUCCGCCACGUUCUCAAAGUCAUCCGAGCCAAUCUGUUACUUGGCAAGAAGUGACACUCAAGAUCUUGCCUGAGCUUUUAACUAGAUAAACAGGUUAUGCCUGUCUAAACCCUCUAAGCAAAGUGUGUAAAUGCAACACACAGAAGUGUCUACACUGUAAGGAUGUCAUACUUUGGAUGCUUUACUGGAUGGCAUUUACGCUGCUUGAUUGAAAUUGUAACAGUUCUGAUUGAGUGGAGAAUCUUGAUCAUUUAGACAUCAGAAAACAGCAUUAACCUUAGUGCUGCUAACCCACAAGGGACGUUUGUUUAUCUGUUCUCUUGUUGCACAGAACUUUAAAAUUACUUGUUUCAUUUGGACAGGAAGCAGAGCAAUAGAAGACUGAGAAACAUUUCUCCCUCAAAGUCUCCCUGAAUCUUAAAUGUCUUUAAGGAUUGUCUAAUCUUGUGCAAAAAUGUACAUUGACUAUGUUUCAGUGAAAAGAUGAAGCAAAAGGCUGCUUUUGCAACUGAAUAAAUGUACUGCGUAUAUAUAUAUG